GUUAGUAGGUCACAUCCCCGCGAUCCGCUCCCGCUCCGCUUGUCACAAUGAACGCGUCAAUGAACCGUAGCCAGUAUUAGCCCUUAUACGAUCAGUGUAAACAGACCGUAUGGAGAAACCAGCCUGAAACAACGAAGACAUGCAUCAGAACGAUACGGACGACGAAGAACCAAGAAGAUCGUCUUCUAGAAGGAACUCCGGGCCGUUCUCGCGGAGAGGCAGCAUUAAGAAGGAGACAGAAGGAAAGAUUUCAGCUCCAGGGUCGAGGACGUCGACCCCUAAAAAGACAGCGAAGCUCUCAGGAACACAAAACCUUGAGUUACUGGUCACAGGAAAACAGUUGUUGAAGAAAAGCGACAGAGCCAACUCUCUUCCCAUAACCAACAGGCGGCAAUCAACAGACUCACUAAAACGGAGACUUGUACCGAAGAGCUUUAAAACGUCUCUCUCCCAGAGUAGAGGAACUUCUAUAGACGAUGACAUGUCUUUGGAUCUAUCGCAGGUAUCAGACUUUGAAGAUUCAUUAUCGAAGUAUGGCAUCAAGAAGGUGCUCCCGGUCGCUACGUCGACUCCAAAGAAACCAGUCAAGAGUCAUUCUUUACACAGCAGCAUACAGAAGAAAGAAAAACAGAAACUCUCUAAUAAAAGUGACAGCACGGUCACCUGUGACAGCUUCGUCAAAACAGACUCUACAAGCUCCUACAGACAGGCCGUGAGCACAGAGCUCGAUUACUCUUCAAUGUCUCCGAACUCCGCGGCAUCAUCGGACAGCGCGGGCGCCGUCCAGGGCACGUUGGUGUCUCCACAUACCCACGAUCUUCAAGACUCCAGCACGGGUAUCAGUACUUUCCGCGAGGACAACUCCGGUGAGUGGGGUCAGUUCUGGGCGAACUACAACAACUCGCUGGCGAGCGUGCCCAGCAGAUACUACGACCAAUGUCCAACGCCGUACAGGACUGAGGACAUCGACCUUGCGGAUUUAGAAUUCUCAACAGAGGGUUCAAGGAAACGUUCACCAGAAAACAUUAAAACAAUCAACAAUAUCAUAAGAAACGAAGGAUUACACCUAACACCGAGAGAAACACAGAACAUCAUUAAAUGCGCCCACAUCCUUGGGAAUGUCCUCACUAAAGCGAUCGAAAGACAAUCAAAAGAGUAUGAAUACAGCCAAGAGAAAAUACAAGAGCUGUACGUUGAAAAACCGAUGCCUGAAACUGAGAUAAAAAAAAAGAAUCUGACAUUAGAUCUGAAAGAGACAGUCUUACCUCUGGAGGUUAAAGAGGAAAAGAGAUGGGAGAGCGUCCCGACACAAACUGACAUCUCGCUGCCGAAUACGAAAAGCGCGCCGAAAAUAUUUGAAAGCAUUUUAAGACAAUUAUCAAGGAGUUCAAUAGACGAAGCCGAAAAGACGAUAAUAGAAUGCCAAGAAGAGAAGACAGAGGAGAAUGAGAGUAAGGAGACGAAAUAGAGAUACAGUGAUGUGAGGUAGCACAAACUUUUCAAUUAUAAGUCUUUGUCGAGUCAAAUCAACUUCCUUCCUUUACUUUAAAAUCCAGUCUCGGUGUUGUAUACCCAAGUCCCGCACGUUCAUUGUCUCUAGUUAAUGUAUUUUAAUUAAUAAAUCUUAAUGUUCUGAUUUGGUUGUGUUAUUUAAUUUUAUAAUUCGAUCCAGGUAUAACUUUAAAAUAUUGUCAUUU